AUGUGCAAUAACAGUGGGUGUGGGCCACAAAAUGCCAGAGAACAGGUAGACAUGUGUCGUGUUUGUACUUUUGUUACACCAGGUGAACCUCAAGUCAUCCUUGGAAAGGAUAAAGCUUUCACUUAUGAUUAUGUCUAUGAUGUGGGAACUGAGCAAUUAGAACUUUACUCCUCUGUGUGGGAAAGUUUUAGUAGAAGGUGUUUCAGUGGACUUAAUGCUACAGUGUUAGCAUGGAAACAGACUGGUAGUGGAAAGACAUACACAAUGGGUACUGGUUUUGAUGUAACAGUUCUCCCCGAAGAACAAGGUGCCAUUCCAAGAGCAGUUCACCAUCUUUUCAAUGGAAUAGAUGCUCGACAAAAAGAGGCUCAAACAUCUAAUAUACCUGCUCCACAAUUUCAACUCUCCACCCAAUUUCUCGAACUAUACAACGAAGAAAUCAUUGAUUUGUUUGAUUCAUCGAGAGACUCGUCCAAGAGACUCAGGAUACAUGAGUCACAAGACGGUAACAUCUACGUUGAUGGAGCUAUCACUCAUCAGGUCAAGAGUGAAGAAGAGCUUUUAGAAGUUUUGAAACGUGGUGCACUCUCUCGGUCUGUGGGAAGCACUAACAUGAAUGCGCAUCCUCUCGAUCACAUGCUAUUUUUUACUCUAAUAAUGGUACAACAAAGACCUAUUGUUCAGGUGAAUUCCGAUUCUGGGCCUGAAGUAUUAGACUGGGAGACUUUAACUUCUAAAUUCCUUGUGGAUUUGGCUGGUUCAGAACGUCUGAAGAGAACGGGAGCUCCUGGGGAGAGAGAAGAAGGCAUCUCUAUUAACUGUGGAUUGUUGCUCUUGUGUAACGUCAUAAGUGCAUUGGGUGAUAAAGCUAAGAAAGGAUCUCAUGUUCCGUACAGAGAUAGCAAAUUGACACGCCUCCUUCAAGACUCUCUUGGUAACAACAGUCAGACACUGAUGAUAGCCUGUAUUAGUCCUAGUGACAGAGACUUUAUGGAGACACUUAAUACUUUAAAAUAUGCUAACAGAGCAAGAAAUAUAAAAAAUAAAGUGACAGUCAAACAGGACAAAUCAAGUGCUCAAAUUUCUGCUCUCCAUAAAAGAAUUCAAGAACUAGAGUUAGAAAUACAAGAAUUUCGAGCUGGUCGUCUAGUAGUAACUGAUGAUGGCAGUGUUGUUCUGAAUGAUCUCGCGAGGGAGAACACACUGUUGAAGGCAGAGAAUGACAAUCCUCUGGUUCUAAAGAUGCUUCUGCUGCAAAGACUAUUAGAUGGAGGAGGAGAAGAACUAGGAAGAGAGAUCGAAGACGAGGAGAAUACUGAAGAUGAAGAAAUUAGUGAUCUUGAAGCCAUUAAUCUCAGCUGCUCCUCAGAGAGUGAAGAUGAUGCCAGAGGCUAUGGAUGA